CUUCUAGAGUGUAGUCUCCUCGAUCUCUCCAGCGUUCGGCAGCCGCCUAGCCAGCAUAUGCUGCUCCUCGGACAUCCUCAAGCAACUUUUCUCCCCUAUCGACCUUCCAAAAACCUGGAAAGCGCAAUAUGCAUCGCCCGAUACUGCUGGAGAUGGGGCCUUUGCAUUUAUCGUCUUUUCCAAUUGGUCACCGUUGCAAUACGAGGCGUUCCUUGGCGGCUGUCACUGCUAGCGUCACCGUCCCCGCGAGACUAUUUUCGGCGCUCUCCUCAUCGUUCCGGAGUAUCAUGCCGUCCGGAGCUCAAACAGAUGAUAUCUCCACAUCGUUCUCCGCUUUCAGCGUGUCUUCCAUUGCUUUCCGCUACCUCCGCGUGCUGGAGAAGUCUCCUUUUUAUUUGAUUUCUUAGGAGCUUUGCCCGGCUCCGUUUUCCGAUGCCGAAGCGUUCACCAGGCUGCUUCGAAUGCCGCAAACGCAAGGUCCGCUGCGACGAGGCAAAGCCGGAGUGCAAUACCUGCCUUCGGCGCGGCACAAAAUGCCCCGGCUAUCGGCCAGCGCAAUCAUUCAUUCUCCACGAAUUUAAUGAGAAGACCGAGAGGCCUGCCAUCAUCAGAGAGGACGAAAACCGGUAUCGAUACGCAAACCAGGGCCCGGAUAGCUCGAGCCCGACGGAAAGCCGGGCGGGAGCCGUGGUUCAGCUUCAGCCUUCAGAGCUUAGGCCUGUCGAGGCUCUCGUGCCUAAGCAGGUCAGCCCGAUAGCCGUCGAACGCGUUCAGCAUCUAGGAACCUUUCUCGCGCUUUAUUUGCCAACAUGGGACGGUCAAACGUUGCCGCCUCCAUCAGCGGUAAUCCUUGCCCUACCUAGCCUUCCAGCAACCAGCCAGGUUCUUCUCGCAGCAGUUGAUGCCUUGUCUGCUGCGCAGCUUGCGGUCGCCAAUCGAAACUACCCUCUCAUCCAUAGGUCGAGAUCUCUCUAUGGCACUGCACUCAUGCAGAUGAUGAAAACUAUCAAAUCGCCAACUCAGGCGCUGGCAGACGAAACGCUUCUAGCAACAUAUCUCCUUACAUUGUAUGAGGUCUUCGUAGGAGUUACGCAAGGACAUGGAUUCUUCUACCAUGUGCAAGGACUGCUCCAUCUCCUAAAGGAGCGUGGCCCGUCUUCGUUCAACAGCAGGCUGAGCAUGCAGAUAUUCCAUGCCAUACGAUACAACUCGUUGAGCAUUGGCUACCAUGUGCGCAAGGCUUCCAUGCUCGACUCGCCCGAGUGGCUUACCGUGACGACAAGGGCCGCGAGAGUCGACCCUUACGUGGCCUUGCUAGACAUCUGCAUCUGCAUACCUCGUCUUCUCGAGCGAACUGACAAGCUUGCAGCAGCUGGAUCACCGGCAGCAGAUAUCGAGAAACUCAUCGACGAUUCGCAGCAGCUAGCCGGCCGAGCGAAAGCAUGGUUCGCCGACCUCGAACGGAGCGGUCCCCGAUACCAUAAAGUCGACGUGGGCUUCAUGGAAGGCUUUCUCGAUAUCUGUAACGACCGAACCUUCGAUCCCGUUUUCGACUUCCACGCAUUCGGCGCUGGCAUUUGCUACUUGAUAUACUGGAUGAGCAUGCUCAUUCUGCAGUCCAACACCUUCAAGCUUCUCCGGCAAUUCCGCCAGCUCGAGCCAAAACAACUAUUCAUGUGGGAUCGCGAGAUUGGAGGGUAUGCAGAUUGCAUCUGUAGGAGCGUACCCUAUAACACUCGCCCAAACACGGGAUAUACCGCUCGAUUUGGAAGCAUGACGCCGCUUGUUGCGGCGAGGAAAUACUACGAGGUCAAGAAGGCGGAGAAAGAAGUCAAAUGGUGUGAGAAGGUAUAUCAUAAUUCGAGGGUGCCAGGGCUGUACAGCACGCCUAUUCCGAUGGAGCCACUGAAGGGGGUCCAAAAACUUGUACAAAACAGCGAUCGGUAUAUUUGAAUGCGGUAGGCUCGAUCCACAGAAUUGCCAUUGCUAGCAACGAUCUGAAGUUCUCGAC